AUGGCCCAGGAAUACAAGCUAAAAGACAUCUCAUCCUUGACGGGUAUUAGCAACUUCGACAAGGUCGAGGCUGAGGUCGAGGGCGUGCAGGACGGCAAGGUGUUGCUCGUGAAAUACGAUGACCAGGUUCAUGCUAUCAGCCCUAAGUGUACCCACUACGGGGCUCCGUUGAAGAACGGAGUUGUUUCUCCAGAGGGCAGGAUUACUUGUCCAUGGCACGGGGCCUGCUUUGAUGUUAAGAGCGGAGAUAUCGAAGAUGCUCCUGCCCCCGCGGCGUUGAACACAUUCGAAUUGUUGGAGAAGGACGGCGCCGUUUACAUCCGUGGUGAAGAGUCUGCUAUCAAGUCUGGUCAGCGAAUCUCAGAGCACAAGUGCAGUGCUUCCGGCCCUGGCGGCUUGGUCAUUGUAGGAGGAGGCUCCGGUACCCUCGGUGUGAUCCUGGCCAUCCGAGAGCUCGGAUACAAGGGAGCUAUUACCAUCAUCACCCGCGAGCCCAGUCUCAUCAUCGACCGCACCAAGCUCUCCAAAGCUCUCAUUCCAGACCCAGAGAAGAUCCAAUGGCGCUCCCCCGACUGGUACAAGGAAGUCGGCAUUGAAACCGUCUCCGACGAUGUCACCUCCGUCGACUUCAGCCAGAAGACCGUCAUCACCAAAUCUGGCAAGACAUUCCCCUACACCAAGCUCGUUCUAGCCACCGGCGGAGUCCCCCGCACACUGCCUCUGGAAGGCUUCCAGCUCCUCGAGAAUAUAUUCAAGCUCCGUACAGUAACAGACGUGCAGCAGAUCCUCAACGCUAUCGGCGAGGAGAAGAAAAAAAAGGUCGUCAUCAUCGGCAGCUCCUUCAUCGGUAUGGAGGUCGGCAACGCCCUAUCAAAGGAAAACGAGGUCACAAUCGUUGGCCAGGAAUCAGCGCCCAUGGAGCGCGUCAUGGGCACCGAAGUCGGCCGUAUCUUCCAGAAGAACCUCGAGAAGGCUGGCGUGAACUUCAAGCUCUCGGCUGGCGUCGCGAAGGCUACACCUUCCAACGAGGAGGCCCGCAAGGUCGGCGCCGUCCACCUCCAAGACGGCACCAUUCUCCCCGCCGACGUCGUCAUCCUCGGCGUCGGCGUCCGCCCCGCUACUGAUUUCCUGCAGGGUAACCCGGCCCUCACACUGGAGAAAGACGGUUCCCUCAAGGUCGACGAGCACUUCUCCGUUCCCGGUCUGAACAACGACGUCUUCGCCAUCGGCGACAUCGCAACAUACCCCUAUCACGGGCCCGGCGCGGAUCCCGAAAAGGGCACAUACACACGCAUCGAGCACUGGAACGUCGCGCAGAACGCCGGUCGGAGCGUCGCGUCCUCGAUCGUGCACACGCUCAACAACACGUCGUCCCUGCAAAAGACCAAGCCCAAGGUCUUCAUCCCCAUCUUCUGGUCUGCGCUGGGCUCGCAGCUGCGAUACUGCGGGAACACGCCGAAUGGGUGGGAUGACCUCGUGCUGAAGGGCGAGCCGGAUAAUGCUAAGUUUGCGGCGUUCUAUACGAAGGGGGAUACUGUUGUUGCGGUUGCAACGAUGGGCAUGGAUCCGGUUAUGGUGAAGUGUGCGGAGUUGAUGCGGAGGAUUAAGAUGCCCUCCAAGAAGGAGAUUCAGGAUGGAGUCGAUGUUUUGACGAUUGAUGUGCCCAAGGGCGUGAGGAUUUAA